AUGCCUCCGUUAAUAAAUUCCCUGCUUUUGGUCGCCGCAGAUCUGGGCUCUUGUAUAGCCAUACUCUGUGCCCAUGGCGCCGGCUUCGCUUGGAACAACUUCUUGGCCGAGUUGUCACUACCUUUCAACUUCUUAUUGUCCGUGUCGGACUUGUUCUACAUGUCUGUUGCUAGAGUAUUGUUUACGUUGUUUGGCCUAGCAUUGGUAAUCAUCCACAAAAGUCCUAACGGCCUUUUGUCUAACUUGUCACACUUUUCUUUCGCCAUUUGUAUCUUACUUUGUUCAUAUUCACCAACGAAGUUGUUGGCACUAACAGAGAAUAAUAAUGUGCCAGCAGCAUCUGACUACUUUAUUCUCGUACAGAACUUCACCUUUGCUGUACUGACCCACUUGGUAUGGAAAAGCUUUGUCAACGCUACGAUCGUGCCAGAACACUACGAAUCGUUGGAAGAAGAAAGCGACGAGCUUUUGGAGAACCAAAAGGCUGAAGUUGACGAGGCCGAAACAGUCAAGGUCAUCUUCAGACUGCUACAGUACUGUCGAGAUGAAUGGUUGUGGCAUAUCUCUGGGUUCACUUGGCUUUUCAUUUACUCUUUGAGUAAGCAGUCAUUACUUUUACAAAUUACCUGGUUAUAGUGUUUAUGCUAUCAUAUGUACUUUUAUUAAAUUAUUGAUUUUAGCUCGUAUAUUCGUACCGUACUACACAGGACAAGUGAUUGCAAGUGUUGUGACCGAAGGCGUCGACAAGUACGGUGCCCUUGUCAAUGCCGUGAAGUUGAUGAUCGUGAUUUCAGUCGUUUCGUAAGUUUACACUACAGAGACAUUACUUUUUAGAGCUGUAUCUGGAGGUCUGAGAGGAGGCAGUUUCGAGUACGCAUAUGCCAGAAUCAACCGUGCUGUACGAUACAACCUGUUCUCUUCUUUGGUACGACAAGAUGUGGCGUUCUUUGAUUGGCACAAGACUGGAGAGAUCACCUCUCGACUGACAGCUGAUACCCAAACCAUGUCUGAUACUGUGGCCUUGAACAUCAACGUAUUCCUGAGGUAUGAAAUUCAAAUAUUUUCAAAAUAAUCAUUUUAGUUACGGUAUAAAAACAUUAUACGUAUGUUUACUGUAUAUUGCGACAAAUUUCAGAAAUAUUGUUCAAAUGGGCGGAUCCAUGAUCUUCAUGUUGACGUUGUGCUGGAAGUUGUCGUUGGUACCUUUCAUUGUUGUACCAGUAAUUCUUGUCGCCUCAAAGAUCUUUGGUGUGUACUACGAUGUAAGUAUAUAACGGCUUCAUGGUAAUAUUGCGUAACUUUUGCAGAGUUAUGCAUUUCAAUAUUGUGAAACAUGAUUUAAAUAUGAAACUGUUUUAGUUCCUCAGUGAGAAGACCCAAGAAGCCGUAGCUCACUCAAACGAUGUUGCUGAAGAAGUGAUAAGUACGAUGAGAACAGUGAGGUCAUUCGCUUGUGAAGACAUCGAAGGCGAAAGAUUCUACGCCAAGCUGACCAAAACCUUGUCUGUCACCAAACAGAAGGCUUUCGCUUACGUCGGAUUCUUGUUGACCAGUGAGGUAUACCUUAUUUAAAAUUAAUUUACUUUGUAGUAAGAAUCUUUUCUCAAUAAGUAUGAUUCUAGUUGUUCCAAGCCAUCAUCAACAUCGCGGUCCUUUGGUAUGGAGGUCACUUAGUGCUCACGAACCAGUUACAAAAAGACCUACUCGUAUCAUUCCUCCUUUAUCAGAUGCAAUUGGCUGAUAACAUUCGAGUAAGCAGCCUCAGGUAUUUAAAGUACGUUUUCAGCAACUCGGAGAGGUAUGGACUGGCCUGAUGCAAAGUGUGGGAGCGUCGCGGAAGGUAUUUGAAUACAUCGACCGUAAGCCCGACAUCGACACUUCUGGCACUUACAUACCCGAGAAGGUGGUGGGCAGAAUCGAGUUCAAAGAUGUUCAGUUCUCUUACCCAACCAGGCCUAAUUUGCCUAUCCUUAAGGUAAUGUCAUAUGAAUAUAUCCCUGAUGGCCCCAUUUCAUACUUAUCUUUAUAUCAAAUAUGCCAUGUGGAACAACAUUUAUUUUAUUAUAGGCUUUCAAAACUAAUAACAACUAAAACUUUUCAGAAUUUGAGUUUUACUGUAGAGCCAGGAGAGGUUGUAGCAUUGGUAGGCCCAAGUGGAAGUGGAAAGAGUUCUUGUAUCGCGCUACUUGAACACUUCUACAACACAAACAGUGGCCAAGUAUUAGUAGACGGAACUCCGUUGAAGGAAUUCGACCACAGAUUCAUCCACAAUACGGUAAGUGUAAUCAACAAUAUCCAAGCACCAACAUGGUUUACCUUUAUUUAUUUUAUUUAAUUAUCACAUCCUGACUUCAGAUCGCCCUGGUUGGCCAAGAACCAAUUCUGUUCGCCCGUUCUGUAGCCGAAAACAUUGCAUACGGUCUAGAUGCUUGCACGAAGGCUGAAGUCAUCGAUGCUGCCAAGCUGGCCAACGCCCAUUCCUUCAUUGUCAACACUCAAAGUCAAUAUGAAACCAAUGUUGGAGAGAAGGGAAGUCAGAUGUCAGGAGGUCAGAAACAAAGAAUUGCUAUUGCUCGUGCUUUAGUCAGAAAGCCUUCAAUCCUUCUUCUGGACGAAGCUACGUCUGCUCUUGACACAGAAAGUGAACAUCUUGUACAAGAGGCCAUCUACAAGAACCUGAAGGGUCGAUCUGUCAUUCUGAUUGCUCAUAGAUUGAGCACGGUAGAGAAGGCCGACAAGAUCAUCGUUAUUAACAAGGGAGUCGUAGAACAAGUAGGAAGUCACGAACAGCUAUCUAACACUGAGGGAACUUACCGCACUUUGGUCCAAAGACAGAUGAUUGGAGCAGAAGACGUCAUCCAACAGCCUACCGACAUCGUGCAACCUUCCAGUUCUGCAUCUCACCCAAUGAGUAUAUCUCCAAGAAGUAUGGCACAGAGUUUGUUGGCCACCAGUUUCACGCAAUCCACUACAAGUUUGCAAUCUAAAUAA